AUGUUACAAUCUAAAGGGAACCUUUUCUUUUCGGCGAUUUUAGUGUUGGGUAUGGUGUGUGAUAUAUUUACCUACCCGGACGGUGCUCCAGAGAGAGCUUGCUACAGGAUGAUUCCAAGACAUACCCAUCCAUUCACAGGAAGAGCCAUCAGGGCACAACCCUCUACUGUUAAACCUCCAUAUAAUAUUACCCUAAGUCGGAACCUGUGGAACCCAGAUGUUCCUAUUACCGUGACAAUUCAUGGCGGUGCCCCAUUUAAAGGAUUUAUGUUAAUGGCGGCCGAAGAUUCACUGAUGGACAUGCCGACGGGAAAGUUUUUUGCUAAUGGAGCAACGGAUGUAAAGACAAUGUUUUGUUCGUUUCCUGGCGACGCUGCCACACAUACAGAUAGCAAAUGGAAGUCUCACAUAACUGUGGACUGGUACGCACCUGCAUUUACCUCAGCUGAUCAUAUGCAGUUCAUAGCCACCGUUGUUACUAACAGAAGUACUGUCUGGACCAACAUAAAGUCGGUGUUCCUCCAGGCUGAUCCAGCCGUCAGUGAAAGACCAGAGUUUGGAGAAGCGGCAGAAGGUGGUGCGAUGGCGGGAGGCUUUGGCGGUGCUGGCGGUACAGGGCUGGACCAAUGGGGGUACCCAAUCUCCACGACCCCGGGGUACGGAGCGUGGGGAAGUUCCAUGGGAGGAUUCGGAGGGGGAGUAACCAGUGGAUAUACCACCGUGUCACCAGAUACUCCAUCUAGGUCUGAGGCAGCAGCGUCCAGACGUGAGCAGAUGUCUUCUGGUCGAAGUCGUUCUAACGGGCGUAGCAGAUCUGAAACCACUACACAGACGCCAGAACAUGGCGGGCGGUGGGGAGAGGGUAGAAGCAGGAACAGUGGUUGGGGAGAAAUGAGAGGAACGAGAGGUAGGGAAGGAGCUAGAGGAUCAGGCAGUGGAGGAAGAGGUGGAUCAGCAGGAGGAUGGGGAGAAGGACAGCGUGGUGGAGGUGGAGGUGGAGGAAGAAGAGGAGGUAGAGGAGGAGGUAGAGGAGAAGGAAGAGGAGAAGGACGAGGAGCAGGAAGAGGAGAAGGACGAGGAGGAGGAAGAGGAGGAGGAAGAGGAGGAGACUGGGGAAUGGGAGGCGGCUGGGGCGCUGAUGCAGGAUGGGGAGCUGGAGGCGGAGCUGGCGGUUUUGGAGGAGGAGAAGGCGCUAUGACCAGACGAUUCCAACAGAUGUUUAUGCAGUGGUUGAUGGGCGGAGGACAAAAUAGCGGUGGCACCGGAAGUGGUGGUGGUGGUGGAAAUGCAGGCGGAAUGAACGGAUUCAGCAAUAUGUUUUGGAAAAAAUAA